AUGGGGCAAGCUGAAUUUGGUACAGCUAAGUACCUUAGCAAACAAAUGAAAGCUAAAGGGCUACAAAAAUUGAAAUUCUAUUGUCAGAUAUGUUCUAAACAAUGUCGUGAUGAGAAUGGAUUCAAGUCACAUAUUAAAUCACCUUCACAUUUACUGAAAAUAGCUAAUGUCACUAAUGAAGAUAUUGAGAAUUACUCGGUACAAUUUGAGAAGGAUUUUUUGAAAUUAUUGAAGUUAAAUCAUGGUGAGAAGCCGAUUCAAGCGAAUAAAUUUUAUAAUGAAUUUAUUCAAGAUAAGAAUCAUAUUCAUAUGAAUUCUACUAAUUUUACAUCGUUGAAUAAAUUCAUUAAAUAUUUAAGUAAAAACGGGAAAAUUAAAAUUCAUGGGUUGCAAGAUUAUAUUAAAGAGAAAGGUAAUGAUAGUGAUAAUAAUUUGGAUAUGGGUCAAUUAAUGAUAAGUUUUAUCGAUACAUCGUCCGAAAAUGUCUUAAGAAAACAGAAAAUCAGUGAAAUGGCUCUAUUAGAGAAAACUCAUCAUGAAAUUAAUAAUAUUAUGUUACAAAAUCAAAUUAAAAAAAACGGUAUUUCAAUAGUAACCGACACAAGUAUUGAUUAUGAUAACGUUACUAUAACAGACGUAAAUCAAGAAGUUCAUCUGAAUGAGAUUGAUCCCAUUUCUUUAACUAUACCGUCUUCAAAUAAAAAUAAGAGUAAAAUAUCCAAAAAGACGAAGAAAAAGAAAAAUCAAACAAUGAAGUUAAAAAGUGUGUUUGGUCCAUAA